UGUAUUCUAUUGCCAUCUUCUAUCGAAAGAGUUUUUAAAAAAUAAACGUUUAAAGAAUCUAGCAGCUACUGUUAUAUAGAGUGUUAUAGACCAUAGUAAUAAAAGUUGCCUUCAAAACAAGAUCCUUUGAUAAUGCACUUCUAGCACGUGGGAACCUGGGUGUCCAACUGCAUCGCAAUUCAAGCCAUUCCUAUAGUCAGGAUGUUUUCAAAACAUUUGAUCGAAGGAAGACGCACGCAAUCACACUGCUGCAAAACGUCGCAAAAGCAGAUUUCUACAAACUCUUCGGUAAAACGCCGAGAAAUAGUUGCUUCUUUCGUUAGAUUACUUGGAAGCAAAAGCAAUUACCAGAAAAUAAUACGUAACCAGCAACUGUUAAAAUCAGGAUGUGAUGUCUUUGCGUUAUGAGAUAUAUUUGUUUACUGUUUUCUUUCAGUUUAAAUAGAGUUUACGCAGAAGUUGAUAAUGUUUAAGUGCCAAGUUAACGUGCGGAUGAUACCUGUCAAGGCUCUGAACUUUCUGUUCUAUGCAGGAUUGGCAUGUUAUAUGCCGUACAAACCGAUCUUCCAAAAACAGCUGGGUCUUACAACAACCCAGAAUGGUCUGGUUCAAGCAAUUGACAAGAUAGUUGGAAUUGCCACGCAACCUAUUAGUGGUUUCAUUGCUGACAAAACAAAGUCAAUCAAAAGGGUGCUAAUUGUUUGGUUCAUUCUGGCCGCUAUUUUCAUAUUCCCCAUGUAUUUCGUACCACCUGUGGAUUUCCCUCAGUCACAGGCCGCUUACACUUGCUGUAGUGCGUCUGCUGGUCGAUUAAGCUGCGCUGAUGAAGCUGGACAACGAAUGGAAUGCAUACUGCAAAGCAACGAAUCGUCAAAAUGCGAGAACACAAACGCAACGACGACCACGAUGUGUCAAAUCUACAAGGAUUCGAACAUCUCGUUCCCUGAUAUGCCUUGCACUACGCCUGACCCGGUUCAGCAUAUCAACGUGACUUGUCCUUUGAUCGGCGAAGACAGAGGCGAGGUGUAUGGGAUAACAUUUAGUCUCAUGUUCUUUCUAACGAUCAUGAGUUCACUGUUUCUGGCGCCUUCGCCGGCCCUUAUUGACGCAACAGGCCUCCAAGCACUUGGAAAAGAAAAAGUCGAUAACUAUGGACUACAGAGACUUUGGGGUGCGAUUGGGUACGGUUCUAUUGCAUUGACAGUUGGUCUUGUCACCGACGCGAUCAGCAGUAACGGUCAGAUUGAUUAUCUUUUCGCGUUUAUUAGCGUGAGCGUGUUUCUACUUAUUACAGCCGGUGUGUGUACUAAGCUAGACGUAGUAAGUCCUGGUGCUCAUAAUGUGUUCCGCGGCAUUUCUGCUCUGCUGCGCCAACCAAAGAUCAUUCUCUUCCUGCUCGUCGUGUAUUUUCUCGGCUGCAGCAUCGGGUUGCAACAAACCUUCCUCUUCUGGUAUGUGGACAGUUUGCCAGGUUCAACGCAGACCAUUCUCGGGCUAGCAAUCGUGGCAAACUGCGUGGUAGAGAUUCCGUUGUACAUCAUAUCCGGGUGGUUGGCUUCAAAAACUAGCUACAACUUUUUGCUCUCUUUCGGGCUGUUCUGCUACGGCCUUCGGUUCCUCGGUUAUUCGCUGAUAACCCAGGCGUGGCACGUGAUAAUCAUCGAGACAUUGCAUGGCCCUGCGUUCGCUCUACCCCUUACUGCAUUGUGUGCCCAGGCAACUCUGUUAUCACCUUCAGGGAUGGUGGCAACGACUGUCGGCGUUGCGGAAGCUGUUUACUGGGGCUUAGGUUUCACCACUGGCGCGUUGCUGGGCGGUGUGGUUUACAAUUCCAAAGGUCCGAUCGUAACAUUUCGUGGCAUGAUGGUUAUCGCUUUCGUGACGUCUAUAUUGUAUGGCGUGGCCGUCAAAGUGGAAGAAAGAUUCGCCAAGCCACCAGAAACAACCGCGGUGCCAGACCACUCGUCCGAGAACGAAUCUCCGAUUGACGAGGAAGACCAGAAAUCGAGACCAAACAAGAAAAAUAUUCUGUAAAUUCCUUUGGAGGUUUACAGCGACACCGAUAACGGCUUUUUUCAAUAAAUAACAACUGCAUUACAAACAAUUGUGCUAAUCUUCUCAAAAAACUAACGCUUCGAUAUAGUGUAGAACUGCUGACCAUGCCAUUUUCAACAUUGCGUAUUGGAUAGGUGUCGUCAACACUACGUUCUCCAGUGACAACAGUGUCACAAACAGCUAAAA